CAGAUACAAACGUCAUUACCGUAUCUCGAUAUGGUGGUAUCAGAAACUUUGAGAAUGUACCCGCCAUUGGGGUUCCUAAAUCGCAUGGCUACGAAAAAUUAUAAAGUGCCAAAGUACGAUCUUGUAAUUGAGGAAGGUACACCGGUUUACAUCUCGAUACUUGGCCUACACUAUGAUGCAGAAUAUUUCCCCAAUCCCGAUAUAUUCGAUCCGGAGCGAUUUAAAAAAAGGAACAAACGUAAGAGACCGUCAGGCGUCUAUUUACCAUUUGGAGAAGGCUCACAUGAGUGUAUAGGUCGACGCUUCGGGCUUAUACAAAUAAAGUUAACACUGCUUAUGAUCUUGAGCAAAUACGAAGUGGAAUCGUGCGCGAAAACUUCGGUAAAAAUUGAUCCAAGAGAACCGAUGUCAUUGCCAUUAAACGGUGUAUUAUAUCUCAAUGUCCGAAAACUUAAUACUAAUGCUAUUUAAAACUUGACGGAAUACUUUUUUAGACGAAGUCUCGGAACCUUCGAAUGAAGGGUAGAUACGGAUUUUCGAUCGAUACAGAAACUUACUGUGACAUAAGCUUCACCUUUUCGACACUGGGGUGUUU